AUGUCUUCUACAAAGUUCAUCUUGAUUGCAAUUUUCUUCAUCCUGUUAUACACCACAGUAGCCAAAGAUAUUGGGGACCUCGAGAACAAAACCGAUGCAUUUGAUACAAACUCUGGUACUAAUGAAGUCAGCACAGCAACACAAAUCAAUAUGAACAUUAUCACAGAACAGACUACAACAAUAACUGAUAUGAAAGAUGAUGGUGCAAGAUAUACAGCACAUAAAGAUAUUGAGGACAUUACCGAUUACAACACUGAUGCAUUUCUUUCCAUGUCCAAUUCUUAUGAAAACAGCAAAGCAACAGUAAUCAAUGUGGAUGUUAUCACAGAACAAAGUCCAACAACAACAGAUACGAAAGAUGAUGGUGCAAGAUAUACAGCACGUAAAGAUAUCGAGGACAUCGAGAGCAACACUGAUGAAUUUGAUACAAUAUCUGAUCCUUAUGAAAACAGCACAGCAACAGGUACCAAUACAAGCAGAAACACAGAACAUAUUAAUAUAGCAGCUGAUAUGAAAGAUGAUGGUGCAAAAUAUACAACACAUAAAGAUAUUGAGGACAUCAGUGAGAAUAACACAUAUGCAUUUCUUAUGACAUACAUGUUUGAUCCUCAUGAAAACAGCACAGAAACAAGUAUAACUACAAGUAGUAGCACAGAACAGAUUAAUGAAACAACUGAUAUGACAUGUAUGAAGGAUGAUGGUGUAGAGCCUAUAAAUGACACAAUCAAAAUAACUGACAAUGACAACCGAAAUGAAAAUCUGAAUGGUGAUGAGAGAGAUUCAGACAAACUAACCAAUGAAAACAAUGUGAGUUCUCCUUAUCCCGAAGCAAGUGCAAAUGAAAAAAAUGAAAAAGAUGGACUUAAUGUAUCAACAUCCAAUGAAAUAGAAUCUACAAAGACAAAUGAAACUGUUGCACAAGAACAUACAAUAGACGAUUAUUUGGUGUAUGUGAUAUUUAAAUGGGUAUUUAAAAUAACCAUGCCUUUAUGCUUAAUUAUUGGUAUCCCGGGCAAUAUUCUCAACAUUACUAUCUUGUGUCGGAAUCGAUUUAGUGAUAGCUCUCCAUCCAUUGACAUCAUCCUAAUGUCCCUUGCUGUUUCUGAUAUUAUAAGUCUUGCAGUGGCCAUCCCACGUUACAUCAUCUCCUAUGUAGCAGGAUAUGACUUUACAGCUCAUUCAGAUAUUGGCUGUAAACUCUUCAAGUUUCUCAAUUUUGUGUUUUCUGAUUUUUCAUCUUGGCUUGUCAUGCUCAUAUCUCUGGAAAGGUUAGUCGCAGUCGUCUGGCCUUGUCACGUGAAGUCUUGGUGUAGUCACAAAAAGAUAAAGAUAAUCAUUGCUACUUUUCUGGUAUUUCUCAUUGGAAUUAACUUCCAUUUUUUAUUAGGGCACGGUACUGUUCAACAAGUAAGUCACACGAACACGCAGAUCUUUGGCUGUUCAGCUAGGGAACCUGAAUUUAUGUAUUAUCAUGCGGUUAUUUAUCCCUGGAUUGAUUUUACAGUUUUUGCUCUUAUUCCAAUUUCUGUUGUGGUAUUUUCAAACAUGUGCAUCAUUCGAAAGGUCAGCAUUGCAGCUUAUCAAAGACGCAAAAAGAUGGCGGCGAAUUUGGCCAACCCAACAACUUUUACAAAGAAAAAAAAACCUGUAAUCAAACGUGUGACAAUUAUGAUGUUUUUAAUUUGCGGUUUCAUGCUUCUUGCUAUCAUUCCAUCUGUCAUUUAUGAAAUUACGUUUGCAUCUUUGAAACAAAAAGGUGAUCUUAAAAGUUCAGUUAUUCUGGCUGUAAUUGCAUAUUAUGCAAUCGUUUCAUUUUACUGCAACUGUUCUAUAAACUUUUUGCUAUACGUAUGUUGUUCACAGAAGUUUAAGUUAGCACUGAAAAGUUUCUUUUGUAGAUGUACUACAAAUAGUCUUGAAGAAUAAGACAUCGGUGUUAAAGUGUUGUUGAGACCAGGAUGUGAACAUGUUAUGUGUACGAGUUAUCAGAUUAUGUUUUUUACGAAAAAAAUGGCAGCCAUUUUGAAACUCAGGUGCCAUCUUGGAAAUUUCUUCUUGAGCAAAGCUCCUUUCCGUCAACUGGUAUUUGGGUAAACAAAGAUUACAUUUUAACAAAAAAUGGCGGCCAUUCUGAAAAAUACCUUCCAUCCGGAAAAUUUCUUCUCAAGCAGAGCUCCUUUAUCUCUAAGCAUCAGCAUAUAAAAUUUGAACCAAAUCCAUCCACUGGUAUUUUAGUUAUCAAAGAUUACCAUUUUUACGAAAAAUGGCAGCCAUUUUGAAAUUCAGCUGUCAUCUUGAAAAUUUCUUCUCAAACAGAGAUCCUUUAUCCCUAGGCAUAUAAAGCUUGAACCAAAUCUGUCCACUGGUGUUUGAGUUAUCAAAGAUUAAAUUUUUUUACAAAAAAUGGUGGCCAUUUUGAAAUUUGGUAGCCAUCUUGAGUCUUCUUGAGUGGAGCUCCCAUGUCUCUAGGCAUCCAUCAACGGUAUUUGAAUUAUCAAAGGUUAUGUUCUGUUAGGAAGAAUGGCGGCCAUUUUGAAAUUCAGCUGCCAUCUUGAAAAUUCUUUCAUGACCAUAUCUCCUGAGUCCCUAGGUAUCAGCAUAUUAAAUUUGGGCUGAAUCUGUCCUCUGAUACUUGAAUUAUCAAAGAAUACAUUUUUUAUGAAAAAAUAGCCGCCAUUUUGAAAAUUGGUGGCCAUCUUGAAAAUGUCUUUUUUGGCAAAGCUCCUUUAAAGCUCCUAAAAUUUGAACCAAAUCCGUCAACUAGUAUUUGAGUUAACAAAGAUUAAUUUUUUAAAGAAAAAUGGUGGCCAUUUUGAAUUGAGUGGCCAUUUUGAAAAUUUCUUUUUUGAGUUAUUGCCAGGACAAACAAACGGAAGAAGGUCAGAUGAACGGAUGGCUUUCCUAUAUCCCUCUCGAACUUCAUUCGGUGGGAUAGUGACACCAGUCAAUGAAGUUAAAUAUGAAUGACAACCCCCAUAAAAAGUUUAAAAUGAAGACUGAAGUUGAUGGUUGUCACAUCUUUUGGAAAUUUCACAUUACAAUAUCUAUUAUAAACUACACUAAAACAUGAUUUUAAUUGAAAUACGGUCAGUGUGUAUAUUGUCUUUAGAAAAUAUCUAUCACAGUUUUGUGUAAAUAAAUAUGGAUUUAUUUGAAGAAUACAGUAGAACCUGUAUAUCUGAACACCUGGCUAAUCCGAACACCUCCCAAUCUGAACACUUUUUUCGGUCCCAUUUUUUCCUCCCAUUGACUGCCAUGUUAAAAAACCUUGAAAUGUGAACACCUCCCAAUUUGAACAGUGAACAGUCAUAUUUGAAAAAUUCACCUGUCUAAUCUGAACACUUUUCAUAAAAUUUCUAAUGUUUUAUACAAAAUUGCUCAAAUUUUGUCAUGAUAUCAAAACUUUGGGAAAUAAUCUUGAAUGGUCUCAUUCAUAAUGGGGCUUUCCGGCAUGAUUAGAUUCAUUUGAAUCAAAUUUUCAAAUUUCUGGAAUGCCAUAAAGCUAUGUGGUAAAAAGAACUAUAAAUAUUUACCGAGAAUGUGUUCACAUUUCUUCAGAAUCCGGAUUAUUGCGGAUGCAAAAACCUCGAAAUGUGAACACCUCCUAAUCUGAACGCUUUUAUCCGGUCCCAAUGGCGUUCAGAUUAGACAGGUUUUACUGUAGAUAAAACAGGUCUAUCAAUUAAAUUUUGAGAAAUAAUCAUUAUAUCAAGAUUAUUAUUACUUUUAUUUCAAGUUUAAGAUGUAAGAUAAUGGCACAAGUCGGAGACUUCAUUAUUUUGAACAUUUGGCUGAUAGUGAUAGCAAACUACAAUAAUGAAACAAUAAAAAAAAUCAAUGAAUAUAGACAUUAUAUGUGAAGUUAUAAACUUGUUGUAUACGUAAUAAAAAAUUGGAAAUAAAUGAUCUUUAAGACUUUAUAUAUUUAAUACCUUUUGAAUAACUAUCACAGGCAGAAGUGAAAAUAUAUACUGUAUCAAAGUCUUAGUUCUGAAUUCAGAAGGCAAGUUCCUAUAACCAUUUGAAUUCUGUUCUGUGCAGGUCCAGGAGCUAGGCCAAUGAGCUCUCUCUGGAAAAAUGCAUGGUCUGGAUAAUGUAAAAAGUACGCUGCAUGUUGAAAUUCUUCUGGGAUAACUUUCCUCAAUGACAUUAUCCCAUUCUAUGAAUCAUUCACAGCAUAUAUUCACUACAGGUUUUCUCCCAAUGGAGUCAUAUUCUUUCACAAAAGCCACACGACUUCAGGUAGGGACCCAUUGUAGUAGUUCUCAUAACAGGAAUGGCAUGGUGGAAUCUAACAGUGCAUCAUGUUGCUAUUAAAGAUUUCACAGUUGUUGCAAGUUCUCUUAAUUUGCUUUCUUCACUAUUGCAAAGUUCCGAAAUGACUGUAAUAAACUCACUGUUGUUUUGCAUUAGAGUUUUUAGCGUGCCU